GUGGACAGCUGUUGGCUUUAAUACCAAUCAUUCACGCCUGUAAAGUAUGUGGAGUUGACCAGCGCGCACACAUGAAUGGUCUCGGCAUGCCGCAAACGGAGCCACCAGCGCCGGAGCUUCCUGCUCUGGUGCUGCAGGUUGUGGGAUCCUGCCUGCCCCCACGCGCUGCGGCGCAGUGCCGCCUGGUGUGUCGCCAGUGGCGCAGCGCCUUCGCUGGCAGCAUAGACUGCCUGUAUCUCCAGGUAUAUCUGGAUGCAGAGGUCACAGACCGCCACAUCGCCGCCGCCGCAGCCGCCUUUCCCGCCGCCACCCGCGCCACCUUGCUGCUGCCCAACUGCUCGUACGCGCGCUGUAACCCGUACGACAGCUGCGGCGGCGUUUCGGCGGCGCGUACUGCACUGGGCCGCCGCAGUAACGCCGCCAAUGAGGCGCGGCGGCGGGCGCUGCUCCCGAGUGCUGCGGCGGCUGGGGCGGCGGGCGCGGGCGGCGGUGCUGGUGCGGCGUUGGCGGCUGCAGCGGGGCAGGAGCUGGGGGAAGCAGGGGAGCAGGGUCGGUUGAACGGUCAGGAGGCGGGCGAGGCAGACGCCGCAAGCAUGUCAGGCCAGUCGGAUAGCUCAGAGGAGGGGGGUGGAGACACGGGUGCAGAUGGCGGGCAGUGCGCCACGUCAGACGCACGCGCUAACGCAGGGGCUUCAGCCGGCUCAGCCUCAGACCCAGCGCUUCCCGCAGCCCACACGGCGCAGGUGUUGCCGCCGGCGCCGCCACUGCCUCCCCCGCUGUCGCCUCUGGAGGUGGGCCGACUGGCCUGUGAGGCGGCGCUGGGCUCGGUGCGCCGCCACCUGCCCGGGCUGGUGGGGCUGAGGCUGGGACACGCGCAGCGGCCGCCGCCGCGGCUGGGGCCCCACGCGGCGCUGGCGCAGUCGCUGCGCCACCCAGAGCUCGCGGCGGCGGCAGCCUCGGCCACCGCCUCCACCUCGACGGGCGAGCCCGGCGCCGCUGCUUCCCCUGCAGGGCAGCAGCCGCAGCAGCCGCUGCAGCCGCAGUGCUACCCCGGGUAUCGGCUGGACUCGGCGGCACACGCCACGCCGGCGGCGCUGGCCGCCUCCCACUGGAGCUACCCUGCCUCGCUGGUGCCCGCCGAGGGUGCCGCCGCCUGGCCGCAGCCGCAGCACACCGUGUCGCAGCACGCGGCGGAACAGGCGGUGGCGGCGGCGCACAGGUCGGCUCUGGACCUGACGCCGCUGCUGCUGCCGUCAGCGCAGCAGGACGAGGCGGCGGCGGCGGUGGCAGUGGCGGCGGCGGCGGCGGGCGCAGGGGAUGGCGCUGCUGGCGGCGCAGAGGGGAGAGAGGAAGCGGCGGUAGCGGGGAAUGCGGUGAAGGGCGGAAAGGCGCCGCCGUCGUCGUGGGCUACGUCGGCGCCGCUGCCGCGCCUGACGUCGCUGGCCGAGCUUGACCUGCGCUGCGCCGCGGCGGUGGGCGCCCUUGCGCCCCUCUCCAGCCUCGGCAGUAGCAGCGGCGGCGAACUCAACAGCGGCUACGGCAGUAGCAACCACGCUGCACACGGCAGCAACAACGGCAAUCUUCCAGCCGACGGGAGACAGCAGCAACAGCAACAGGCGCUGCCUCUGCCGGCGCUGACGGCUUUAACGGUGCUGCAGCUGCGUGAGGGUGGGCAGCUGCCCGCCAUCCGGGCCCUGGGCGGGCGGCUGCGGGCGCUAGACCUGUGGUGCAAUGAGGGCAGCUCGCUGGCGGACCUGGCGUACUGGACCAGCGCCGCCCCUCAGCGCAUCCGCCGCGGCCUGCCGCUACUGGCGUCCGGCCUUACGCGCCUCACGCGCCUGGUGCUGCGCGAGCUGGCGGCGCAGGUGGAGCCGCCGGCUGCGCUGACGUGUCUGUGCUCGCUGCCGCUCCUGGGCUCCCUGACCGCCGAGGUGCUGUAUGUGGACCCCUGGCGGCAGCUGGCAGAGCUGGCGGAGCAGCUGGCGGGAGACGAGGAGGAGGCGGAGGAGGAGGAGGAGAGCGAGGGGGAAGAAGAGGAGGAGCAGAGCGAGGAGGGCAGCGAGAGUGGCAGCGAAAGCGAAGAAGAAAGCGACGGCGGGGAAGUGGUGGAGGAGUCUGAGGAGCUCGGGAGCAGCGAGGAGGGCUUGGUCGCGCCGGCGGCGGCGGCGCGGGCGCGGGAGGGCUCGGCGGCGCGCCUGCCGCCCGCGGCAAGGGCCCGGGAGAUGGAGUUUUGCUUCUCGCGCGGCCCACAGCUGGAGCUGUCUGGCGUGAGUGCCGGUGCCGGCGGCGGCGUCAAUGGCGCGGACUUCGCAGCUGCCGUCGCCGCCACGCAAGCCGCGGCCACGCCGUCACCAGCAGACGCUGCGGCCGCUGCGGCGGCGGGCUCAGCAGCUUCCCCCUCCGUCGCGACAGGAUCCGCAGGGCCCGCACCGGCUGUAGCACCCGCAUCUGCUGCCAUAGCUGCCAUUGCGGCGGCGGCGGCGGCGGCGGAGCUUGCAGCGCUGGCAGUGGCGCUGGGGCCGGGCCGCGCGGAGCACAUCCGUGCCGUGCUGGAGCGCGGCAGCGGUGCCCUGCAGGAGAUGGCGCCGAUGGACCUGUUCUCAUGCUUCGCAGGAGGCAGUAGCAACGGCAGUAGCAAUGGCAGUAGCAGCGCAGCAGCUGGCGCAGCAGGCGGAAGUGGCAGUAGCAGGGUGGGGCUGACGGAGUUGGACGUCACGUUCGUGGGCUGCGGGCUACUGCCGGGGUGCUGGGCGGGCGUGGAGGCGCUGGGGGGCAGCCUGAGGCGGCUGGCGCUGCGCGUGGGGCGGAGCGCGGAGGAGGAGCGCCUUGUGGCCAGGUUGCUGCAGCGCCUCGCUCCCGCCGCCAGCUCCAGCUCCACCGUCUCCAGCGGCUGGCUGCCCGGCGCCUUCCGUGUGACCUCCCUGUCCGCCCUGCCACACCUGACCCACCUGGAUUUGGACACGCCGCUGUGCCCCCGGCUGGCGGCGCGGCUACUGCGGCUGGCGCCUCCGCCACAGCCGCCGGAGGCGCUGUCGCAGCCGCCGGUGCAGCCGCCGCCAGAGUCAACACUGAAGCUGCAGCAGCCAACGUUGCAGCUGCGACUGGAAAGCCUGCAGCUGUACGGCGUGCAUGACGUGGAGGUUGAGGCAUCGCCGCAGCCGCAGCCGUUGCAAACGGCGGAGCGCAAGAGUGCUGGCCACGAUGCUCGCACCGAGCUCACGACGCCACUCCCACUCGCACCCGCAGCGUCUGCUACAGCCAUGAUGCGCAAGCUGCACCUGGACGGGGACCUUUCGGCAGUAGCAGCAGCUCUGGCGGGCGGCGCGCUGGUGGGCGUUACAGGUCACGAGGGCUGUAGCUCGCCGGCGGGUCUGCUACUGCCGCGUCUGGCAGAGCUGCGGCUGGCGCACCGGCCGGCAGGGCGGCCGGCGGCGGCGACGGCCUGGCUGCUACUGCCUUGGCGGGCGCUGCCGCCCUCACUGGAGCAGCUGCACCUGGAGGGCCUGGACAUGCGGCUACAGCCACUGACGGCUAGCAGUUAUGUCAGCAGCAGCAGUAGUGGCGGCAACCGUGGCGGGGAGGCAGGGCACCAGCGGCAGCUGCUACUGCCGCGCCUGCAGCGCUUGCAGCUGCGCCACUGCGCGGCCGAGCUGGGGCAACUGCGCGCCUGCCCACUGGAGGAGCUGGCUGUAGCAGCCGCCUGGCUGCUACUGCCAGGCUCCAAUGGCGCCGAGAACAGCGGGGCAGCACCAGUAGCAGCAGUAGCAGUUGCGCCAGCCGUUGCGGCGGCGCCGUGGGAUGUGGCGGCGCAGCUGGCAGCGGUUCGCUCACAGCCCUGGACGCCGCGGCUGCGAAGUCUGUCGCUGCAGCUGUGUGCCGCACCGCGCGGUGCCACACGCCUGAGCCCAGGCUCGUGCGACGCGCAGACCCCUGCUACUGCCGCUGCCGCUCCAGCUUGUGGUGGUGCUGGAGCGGCGGCGGUGGCGGCGGCGGCUACGCCGGGUGCUACAGCCGCGAUGCCGGGGCUGGAGCGGCUGAGCGUCACAUGGGAGCUUGCGGCGCUAGUGGAUCCAGAUGCGCUGCCGUUCUGGACCUCCGAAUCCAGAUGGGCAGCGCCGCCGGCGGAUCCAGAUCUGUACGGCGGCGGCUCCGCCGCCCCGCCUCCUGUCGGGCUGACGCCGCGGGCAGCGCGGGCCCUGUUGGAAGGCCUGCUGCCGCCGGGCGCUGUAAGCGCUGUAGGCGGGGGUGGUGGUGGAGGGGCUGCGUGCGCCAGUGCCAGUGCUAGUCCCGGCGGGGCGGAGGGGUCGGGCAGCGGGCGCAGUACGGCGCCAGCUGGGGCGGCACCCGUGCUGAGGUCAUUGGAACUCUAUAUUGGCGAUGUGGGAGGUGGGGCCGACGGCGGCGGCGGCGGCGGCGGCAGCGAGGGCGGAUUGUCUGUGGAAGAGCUGCUUUGGCUGGCGCGGCUGCGCAGUAUGCGGCGGCUGCGGCUUGUGCUGUGCGUGAGCGAGUCUGGCGGGGACACGGGCGCUGCCACUGGCACUAUCAAAAGCUCUCAUACGCAUGACGCGGCAGCGGCGACGACCGCUGGGGCGGCUGGUGGGCCUGAUGUGGCGGCGCCGCCGCCGGCCUGUGCGCCUGCAGGUGUGCAUGCCGCCGCGCCUGCUGCUGCGGGGCCCACCUCCGCCUGGCUGCAUGCCGAGCUGGGCGAGCUGCUGCUGGCCGCGCUGCCGUACUGCCAGACGCAGGUGGUGCAGGUGCGGGUGCCGUGAGUCGCGGCUGAGUGGCUGAGGCCCUUGAGAUGCUGAUCCGUGAACAUGGGACGCCACAGGGCUGACACACAGACAUGCUUGGUGGCGAGUGCCGAUGAGAGACGUCUGUA